UUUUGCAGAUUCAGUAAGAAGGCGUUGCUCCGUUUUGCAGUGGAAUCCUGAUUUUGCCACUCAACUUAUUGUUGCUUCAGAUGAAGAUAGCUCACCUUCAUUGAGGAUCUGGGAUAUGCGGAACACAAUGUCACCAUUGAAAGAGUUAUUGGGCCACACUAAAG